AUGAGUGGAGUAACCCCUUAUAUCGGCAGCAAAAUUAGCCUAAUUUCGAAGGCCGAGAUUCGUUAUGAAGGGAUUCUCUACACUAUUGACACUGAGAAUUCGACUGUCGCACUUGCAAAAGUUCAGUCUUUUGGCACUGAGGAUCGGCCCACUGAUAGGCCCAUCCCGCCCCGAGAUGAGUUCUUUGAGUACAUAAUCUUCAGAGGCAGUGACAUCAAGGACCUGACUGUGUGUGAGCCGCCAAAGCCAACAUGCUCUCUCCCUCAGGACCCUGCCAUCAUCCAGUCGGUGGGCUCCAACGGCCUGUUCAACCGAGCUCCCGUGCCCCUGUACAGCCAGUGCAACACCAGCCCCCUGGUGUCCCUGCAGUUUGACACCGUUAGUGUCGGUAAGAUGCCGCCCUCCUCCUUUGGGAGCGACACAAGCUCCGCUGCAACCCAGUCCCAGAGCAGUGCUAUUGGCGCUGCUCUCCCCACUGAUUCACACUAUCUGGGUACCGCUACUGUCCUUGUAUCAAAAGGCCGCACCAGCCCCUCCCUGGACCCCCUGAGGAAGAGCCCCACAGUAGAGCAGGCAGCCCCGUCGGCCCCCUACGCUCCGACUCCCAGCUUGGGCCGUAGGAGUCCCGCUCCGGGCCGCACGACCCCCUCGGCUCCAGCCGCCGGCCAUGCCCAGCAGCAGCACCAUCACCAGGGUGAGACCGUCAGCGGGGCCCGCAGUAACCAGGCCUGGGUUGGCGGCCCCCCACCUCAGAGGCGUGGGGGCGGACAACGCGGCAGGAGCCGCUUCAACGUGCACCUAGACGGACCCAUGAAGUUUGAGAAGGACUUCGACUUUGAGAGUGCCAACGCCCAGUUCAGCAAGGAAGAAAUUGACAGGGAGUUCCAGAGCAAGCUCAAACUAAAAGAUGAGACGGAGAAGGCCGCAGUGAACGGGGAGGAUAAGGGCAACUCCAGUGUGGAGACUCAGAACAGCAAGGGCAACGCUGAUGAAGAAGGGCUGGAGGCACUAACACUUAAAGUUUACUACGACAAGUCCAAGUCUUUCUUCGACAACGUCUCCUGUGAUUACAGCAGGCAGCGGAGGCAGACCUGGGCCGAGGAGAGGCGUAUCAACUCGGAGACGUUCGGCAUGCCCCUGCACGGGGGUCAGGCCCGUGGGGGAUACCGCGGGCGUGGCGGUAUGGGCUUCCGCGGGGGCAGGGGUCGCUCCGCCAGCAGAGGGUCCUUCGGUCCCCCUCACGGCGGCCACAGCUACAGGGGAGGGUACAAUCGAACAAGCCAGAGAGGACGGGAUUUUUCAGAGAACUUUGAGUACAGGGAUAACCGUGGCUGCAGAGUACACCUGGAGGACAGAUCCAGAGGGGCAACGCCUCAUCUUUAG